AUGCUAUGUGGUGGGCUUGGGCUCGGGGCGGGCGACUCCCCGAAGAAGGGGACAGUGCUGGACCACUUCGAGCUGAGGAGGUUGAUAGACGAGUGCACCAGGGACAGGCUGAGGGACCUGGAGCAGCGCUUGGAGACGGUGGAGAAGCGCUUGCAGAAUGUUGUGUUCAACGCAAAGGCCGAGUUGGAGGAAGGCUUGCAGAUCCAGGGUGUCACGACUGCACCGGCACCCGCUCGACUGCCCUUCAGACACGAGCCGUUGAACAUUUCCACAGCGCCAGACGACGAUCGGGAUGCAGUCCAGCAACUGCCCAAAGAUCGGCAGAGCAAUGCUGAGUACCGUUUCGACGCCUGUGUUUGGGACUCCUGCGUCCUUGUGGGUUUGGGAAUCCUGUCUUGGCAAGAGUCGUUGGCGGUUGCUUUUUGUGGGUUGUGGUCCAUUUUGGUUGAGGGCUUCUUUGUCUUGAUUCUUUACGACAACAUGACCGAAACGGUCUUCGAGAGCUCGCUUGCCGAAGAAAUGCGGGACUGGCGCAUCCACUUUGGCCAGAACAUCAACUACAUUGAUGCCAUCACGGGCCAGCCCUUGAUCAUGGGUGUAUGCAGCAUGUCGAACUCCUUAAUGAACGGGAAUGUGCAGGCGGAGAUUUACGAAACAAUGUUCAAGUACGGCAUCCGAGAGACCGGCAACCAAGAUCUCCGCUGGCCCUUGCUUCCUGUUGGAGCAUGGUUAGCUCUUAUCGCUUUGCUAGUCUGGAUCUUCACGGUCCUCAAGGAAAUGAGUUGUGCAUGUGGUUUCGGCAUCGCCUUGGCCUCUUUGCCACGGAGUUCGAGUGUUGCAGAUGCUGUCUCGAAUCCCGGACGCUUUGUUCAGCUGUCCGUUGUCAGCUUGCAUCGCGUCGUGGUUCUAGUCGUCUUCAACAUGCUUCCCAGACUGAGCAUCGCCUUAGUCCUCGGCAUAAUUGGAGUCCAUUUUCUGGCAAGCACCACAUCUCUUUCUGAUUUGAUUUUGAAUGCGGUGGCCUUGGAAGUGGUUCUUUGCAUCGACGACCUCUUCUUUGCGGUGCUUGUUCCACGUCGUGUGCACGAGACGAUCAAAUCUUUGAAACCAAUACCAGUGAAGCUCUGGCGACCCUGGGUUCUACAAGCACGGCAAGCUUUCAUAUUCACGCUGUCGCUGACCUGCCUAGUUGGGUCGCAUGUCCUCUGCUUGCAGCCCCUGGUCAACAACAUGCAAGCGACGGCGGAUGCCAUGUGUUCUGGGGUUACCAACUUUACGUACUUUCAAGAUGCAGCGGGACUGGCUUACAUUCUCGACGACGGCCUCGAUGCUCUGCCUAAGAAGUCCGAUGAAGGCUAUGCCUACCGGGCGGUGCUGCAAGCCACUCAGCUAGAGGACGUGCAGCCUCCCGGCUUAGGAGCACAGCUCCAGAAUCGGGAGCUCUUUGGUCUGGCCAUGCAGCUGAAGAGUUUGGGUUUCGAGGAACGCAGCGAGUUUUGGCCUCUGUGCCAAGACUUGGACAGUCCCGUGUAUUCAGGCUUUGGCUUGGUGAACUUGGGCACGGCAGCAAUGGAGAAGCUGCGGGAGUUACUUCCGGACGCCGCUGCAAUGGAGUCUUGUCCUUCCGUGCAGUCAUUCUGCUUCAAUGGCAGCUUGCAUCUCGAGACAUUAUGGCGAUUACGUGCCCUUUGCCCGGUCACCUGUGGAUGCAGUGACUUGCAGUCCGGGAGCUUCAUUGCGAGCCUCCCUUCCUUCGGCUGCCCUUCGGUCUGCCGCACGCUCUUUGACGAGACUGUGACAGAGCUUUCAACCUGCUCGGAUGCGCCGGCGAACAGCGAGGCUCUAAGGACCUUUCUACAUGGCCUGUGGCAGCGGAAGGGGAUCAUCUUCCGAAGCAACUCCACGACCUGCGAAGCUUUCGCGGAUCCCGUCAACAUCGACGGGACCGAUUUCGAUUUUUGUGCGCAGACGGCAGAGCUUGGCAAAAUGGGGUUCCAGUCAUCUCAGCUGCUUUGUCCAGCGACGUGUGGCUGCAGGCACAGGCCGCGUCCCGAAUGCCCAGCAGCUUGCCUCGCACAGACCCUGUGA